CUGUCAGACAACAACUGCAGUAAUUGUGAGUCUACCGCAUUAAUUCCAUCUCGAACUUGGUCCAACGAUGAACAGCAUGUGGUGCCAUUGCUGAAUGUAAUAGACGGUUCACCCCAUGGAACAGUUCGAUUGGCUGAAGAAAUUGGGAUAUGAGGAAGUGGGUCGUGAUAGCAGUGUGAAUGUGCCUGUCAUUAGGACACAGAUGAACAAGGAGGUGGUUGAUUUCACCAUGACCAUGAAGAAAAAAGGCUAUGACACGAGGUGAAGAGUCUUGGACACUCACUAGAAAUUUAGUGCUUU